ACCAGAUCAGUACGUGUAUUAUGCAUAUCGAGUGCGUUUGUCCUUGUUACUAUAUAAGAGCUAUUUUACUUAACAAAUUUUAAUUCCUGCAACUUGUGUUGAACAAAAUGGCAAUGAUUUUCAAAAUAUUAUUUAUCUUAUUCAGUAUAAUAUUUCUAAAAGCAAACGCGAUCAAAUAUCCGAACGACUUCACUCCCACCCUAUUGUCAGGAGAGAGCAAAAUAAAAUUUGAUUUUAUUGUUGUCGGUGCUGGUAGUGCCGGUGCGAUAAUUGCUGCUCGUUUAAGUGAGAUAGCAGAUUGGAAUAUUUUACUAUUGGAAGCAGGUGGUGAUCCUCCAGAAUCAUCAGAAAUUCCACUCAAAUGGAGUUUGGCAUUGAACACAGAGUAUGAUUGGAAAUUUUUAACUGAACAGGAAGAUAAUUUGUUCAAAGGUUUAGACGGAGAAAAGUGUCACGUGCCCAGAGGAUGUAUGUUGGGCGGAAGUUCGUCCAUGAACGUUAUGUUGCAAAUUCGUGGAACAAAGUACGAUUUUGAUGAAUGGGAAAAAUCUGGGUGCACUGGUUGGGGUUUCAAUUCCGUUUUGCCGUAUUUCAUAAAAUCUGAAAAUUUUACUGACACGACUCGGUACGAUCCGAAGAUUCAUGGGAACUGUGGGCCCCUAACUGUGAGUCCCUUUGUAUCUCCAGAUCCUGCCAUACAAACUAUAUCACAAGCGGCAGAUUUGAUGGGCUUGACCAACGUGAAAGACUUGAACAAAAUAGAACGUUCGGUUGGAUACGCGAUGUCGGACAGCACGACUCGGGAUGGACUGCGGUGCAGUACGCUGAAAGCUUUUUUAAUGCCCAAUAGUGGACGACCAAAUUUGUUCGUAGCCAAAUACAUCCGAGUCACCAGAAUUUUGAUCGAGAACAAAAGUGCGGUUGGUGUUGAGUUUGUAACAAAAUCAGGCGAGUUUAAGACCGUCAACUGUACGCUUGAAGUCAUACUGUCUGCCGGGGUGGUUAUGAGUCCUCAAUUACUUAUGAUAUCCGGAAUUGGACCAGCAGAUCACUUGAAAGAGAUGGAUGUGAAUGUUGUGGCUGAUCUUCCCGUCGGCAAGAACUAUCAGGACCACGUAGCCUAUUUUGGGCUAGUCCUUAGUGACCGAAAGAAUAGACCAACCGAAGACAUUGCGGCAGAAAGUCAAAAACUUAGAAAGGAAACGUUUGAUUUGAUCCCCAAAGGUAUUAGCACAAUGGGGCUAACGGGACUUCUUAGUUUUGUCGAUUCCAAACGCGCUUCCGGAAACCCCGACAUCGAAAUUAUGAAAAUCAGAUACUCGUGCAACACAACCCAACAGAUGAACACGUUCAAGAACAUGUUUGGUUUUUCUGACGAGAUGGCGAACGUGUACAACGAGUUGAAUAAGCACAGUGACAUAAUACUGAUGAUACCGAUUAGUAACAUCAUAACCAAAACCGGGCAUGUUUUACUGAGAUCAAAGGAUCCUCUGGCGAGCCCGAAAAUAAUCGCAAACUAUUUGUCGGACCAGGAAGAAAUUGAUACGAUGGUGAGGGGUAUCGAGUUCGUGGUUGAAAUGUGCAAGACGAAACCGAUGACUGACGCAGGAUACGCUUUUGAGGAAAUAGCGUUCCCGAAUUGCGAGACGAAUUGCAAGUGGGGCACCAAAGACUACUGGAAAUGUGGUAUUAAAAAUCUGGCCACCUCAAUUUUCCAUUCAGUUGGUACCAACAAAAUGGGUGCGAUCGGUGACAAAACCUCUGUAGUCGAUCCCAGCUUAAAAGUGAUUGGCAUUGACAAACUUAGAGUGAUUGACUGUUCUGCGAUGCCAUUAUUAGUGACUUGCAACACAAACGCCGCCACAAUGAUGAUGGCUGAAAAAGGAGCUGAUAUAAUCAAAACCCAGUAUGGAAAAUGAGGUUAUAACUUAUAUUAUUGUCACCGUAUAUUAUGAGUGUUCUAGAUAUAUUUUAUCUUUAUCAUUUUAAAAAUGAAUAUAAAAUAAAAAAAUAUUCAUAUUAUUCUAUUUCAUAAAAAGAGAUUAAUAAUUGAAAAAAAAUACUGAAAAAAGAAAAAUUUUUUAUCGUUGCAUUUUUUAUCAGUAUAAAAUAUAUGAUGAUAGAAACAUUAAAUGAAAUAAUCCAAAAUCAAACGAUCAUUUAACAAAUUUCAAACGAAUAGUUUGAUAUAUUUUAUCUUAAUAUAUAUAUUAUUUAUUAUAAACCAAUUCGUUUAUAUAAGAACAUUAAGCAAUUAUGUAUAUUUUGUCAUAUUGUGUGUACACGAUUAUGUGAAACCUUCAAUUUAUUGCCAUAUUUGUUUUUAAAAGAAAACAUUGCACAUUUUCAUAUGUUUAAAUAGGAAUAAUUAAUUCAUACAAUAGUCUGUACAUUUAUUCAUUAUUUCGCAAUUUGUUUGCACAACAAUGAAAACACAAUGUCAAUAAUUUUCAUGUGAUGACGUUACAUUUUAAUAAACAACAACAUAUUGGUCUCGUUUAUUAUUAUUGCGAUCUGUCGCGAAACGUGCAGGUAGGUGUUAGGUACGCUAUAUUUUAUUUUUAUUUUAUAUACGACAAACUUAGUGACUAAUGAUAAAUGUAGGGACAAUAUGCUCGACGAGGAUUCAGUCGUCUCCUGUAGACGUAGAAAUUAUGAGUACCGAAUAAUUAUUAAAACAAAUACAAAUCGUUGUUGAACGUAUUGUUUGCCAAUUUUAAAGUCCACUGAGCUUGCACCCUUUGAUCGUCGUUUGUAACAUCGGGUGAUUAUGUGAGCCGCGACCGAUUUCCAAUCGAAUAAUGAUUGUCUGUCACACCAAUAUUUGGAAUGGCACGAGUGUUCUGCUGAGUUGUUUGAAAUAAUGUAUCAACUCCACAUGGAAACACGAUAUGAUUAUCAAACUAAAAUCGGAUUACGGAAGGUGUUUCGUGCCAUUUCUAUAAAAAAAAUACGAGGCGGACGUUGAAUUGACAAUCUAACUCAAUAAUAUUAAUCAAAAAAAUAACAUAUAACAAAAUAUGUAUAGUUACCAUAAAUUCCUAAAAUAAUUUCUCAACAUUUUAGACUCAUGGAAGAUUGUUUACGCUAAGACUUGGUUAAAGAAUUGAUUCUCAUAAGCGAAAAGACAAGACGUCAUCAACUUAUCUCUGAAAAAAUUACGAAUCAAUUCGUAAAUUUAGAAAUUGUUAAAAUAUACUAGAAUUAUUGCGAAAAAAUAUCCAAAUGUUUUUAUAAAUUUACAUUCCACAUCAUAUUUUAUACUAUAGAAAAAUAUUGUACUCGUUUCGAAACACACGAAUUCAUAAUAAUUAACGACUAUCAUUACAGGCAUAACUUAUGUUUGACAUAUUUUACGCAUUAAUUAACUUAGUAAAACGUGGAGUGGAAAUUGUAUAUUUUGAAAAAGAAAUAACAAGUAAACAGUUAAUCAUAUUUAUUCGCUGCUGUUUAUCUAAAAAUUAUUAUUGUUUUCCCCUCCCCGUAACUAUAUUUCACGUGAUAGAAAUUCAAUGAAUAUUUUUUUAUUUACAGAGCGAAGGAACGGUAGUAUUGUUAUUAUUUAUAACUUAUAAUAUAAAUAUUUCACCUAAUUAUACAUUAUUGUUUUUAACUGUUUAGUUAAGAUCUAUUAUUGCAUUUAUUUGGAUUUUAUUAUUAAUUAUUGGAUUGAUUCUACUUGAUUUUAUUUACAUAAUUUUUCUGUAUAAUACAAUUUAUUAUAUUUUAGAUCAGUUUUAAGAUUGUUGUUAAUAAUAUCAUAAUAAUAUGGUAUGUAUUUUUUGGGAUUUCCAUUAUCAAUAACUUGUACCCGAAAAAUCAAUCAAACGUAUACAUUUUCAUAACGACAUCAAUGCAUAGUACCGCACAAAUUGACAACGUCCAUAAUGAAACAUGAUAAUAUGUAUGUUGUUACGACAGGUUAGGUAGGAUUAAAAAAAUACUUUUGGAACAAUAAACAAAUUAGUUGAUUUACACAGGUGUAUAAGCCAUGCCGUAAUUCACUUACAGUUAUAAUACAAAAACUUCGCUGACGAUCAGUAU